AGGGAAAAGUGAGAGAGGGGCCUGUUAUAAAGCCAAGUCCUGUCACUUUGGGAAGAAUUUGUACCAGUGAGACCGGGCUUUGGGUCCGAAACAAGAGCCCGAUGAGCCAAUGACUGUCUCCAUAAUUCUCCUCAGCGGUGUAUCAGUGUCGUGGGACGCAGGUUGUUGAAGUUACUCCUGCAGAGUUACAGUCCCAAUUGUGUCCUGUGAGCAUGAAAACAAAGCAGCCAUGUGGACGAAAGGCUGAGGCUCCAGGCUCCUAACUCCUCUCUGUACGGGUCAAUUAGAUUGCAGCCUGCGCUGAAAAGAUGACAUCUGCCACACCUCCUUCCUCUCGUAGCUCCUCGCCACAUAAAGUUUGCCACUCACAGACACAGACAGAUGUCUUAAAACCUUUACUUGGUGGUGGCAUAUCUAGUGGGGGAGGGUCUCUGAGGAAGAGGAGACGUGUCCUGUCCAAAGAUGGGCGAAGCAACGUGCGCAUCGAGCAUGUCAGCGGACGGAGUGCUCUGUACAUGCGUGACCUCUGGACAACAUUUCUGGACAUGCAGUGGCGCUACAAGUUCUUCCUGUUCACUGCCACUUUUGCAGGGACCUGGUUCGUGUUCGGGGUGCUGUGGUACCUGGUCGCACUGGUCCAUGGAGACCUUCUUGAGUUUGACCCUCCAUCAAACCACACGCCCUGUGUGAUGCAGAUGCAGACGCUUACGGGGGCUUUCCUCUUCUCCCUGGAGUCCCAAACAACCAUUGGAUACGGUUUUCGCUGCAUCACUGAGGAAUGUCCAGCUGCCAUAAUCCUUCUCAUAGUUCAACUGGUUAUCACCAUGCUCAUGGAAAUCUUCAUCACUGGUACCUUUCUGGCCAAGGUUGCCCGGCCAAAGAAGCGUGGUGAGACAGUGAAGUUUAGCCAACAUGCUGUGGUGUCCGCCCACGAGGGCCGACCCUGCCUCAUGAUCCGGGUGGCCAACAUGCGCAAAAGUCUCCUGAUUGGGUGUCAGGUGACUGGAAAACUGCUCCAGACGUCUCUGACCAAGGAAGGGGAGACGGUUCGUCUGGAUCAGAGAAAUGUUCCCUUUCAAGUGGACACUUCCAGUGACAGCCCCUUCCUCAUCCUGCCCCUUACCUUCUACCAUGUCAUCGAUGACAACAGUCCCUUGAGAGCCUGGGCAGCCAAGGGUGGUGGCUGGACUGACCCAGAAUUGGCUGACUUUGAGUUGCUGGUGAUCAUGAGUGCCACCGUGGAGCCAACCUCUGCCACCUGCCAGGUUCGCACCUCCUACCUGCCAGAUGAGAUCCUCUGGGGCUACGAGUUUCCCCCUGUAGUUUCCCUGUCUCCCUCAGGGAAAUAUGUAGCGGACUUUGCCUUCUUUGACAAAGUGGCCAAAACCAAGACCACUCCCAUUUUUAAGCCAUCCAGCCCCCAGCACGGGUACGAGAGCAAUGGAGGGGGGACUGUACCUGAGGCGACUGAUCCAGAGAAGAUUCGUCUGGAGCAGAGCUACAGGGAGCAACGAGGAGAGGACCGAGGUCGGGUCAGGGACGCUCCUCUGAGUGUUCGCAUCAGCAACGUGUGAAGAGUUUGUUUAAACAAGAAGGUUUAAAAAGCAACAGAAGACGUUGCCAAGUUCAGUGUAAAUAACAAAUUAGUGAAACAUCAUAUCGAUGAACAGAACAGAUUAAUGUUGACUACUGUAUGAACAUGUGGAGUAUGUUAUUGUCAUAUGCUUGCUGGGUAUGACAUAUAUAGAUACACUCUCUUGACUGUAUUCAUAUGAAGGAAUAACGUCAUAACUGGCAUAACUACAGCUCUUUAGACCUGAUCACAAAGUCCAUUCACUUCACAUACACUACAUACAGUUUGAACUCAAAAAACUACAAAACAAAUGAUACAAAAAUCAAGUUAAGAAGUUGGAAAUCUCAGUGGGCACUAACCAAGUUACAAAAAGGUGUGAGACAGUGGUGUUUAAUUUUCUUUUUUUUUCAAAAGUAGAGCAGAAUAAAGAGUGGGUUUGGAGACGUUAUUAUGACGAAGUGAGAUGGAAACACCCGCCCACUUAAGUAGAAGCGCUGAACCGUGUAUAAUACGCCUAAAAUGCAUGUAAAUGUGUGGUUAAUAUACAUACCACGUUACAUGUAAACAUUUAUGUACAAAGGUCAUAUGACUCUGAGUUUUUGCUGUAAAACACAUCAGCCAUAAAAGCAGUUCAUUCUGCCUCUUGCAAACCCCUCCCCACCCCCAAUUUUCUCUAAACGAGUAAUGUAUUUUUAUAUUUCCUGGUAAAAAACCAAACAUGUACUGUAAUAUCUCCAAAAGUUGAUUCUGUUGAUCUGGACGUAGCGUUUUGUGAGAGAAACGUUUCGUCACUCAUCCAAGUGACUUCUUCAGUCUCAGCUGACUGCAGGUUUCCCAAAUCUUAUAAACAGUACAUUUGCAUAAUGACUGAAACCAGCCCACUGAAGGAACAAUGGGCUGGGAGGUCAGUUCCUUAAUCAUAAUGACUGAAGAAGUCACUUGGAUGAGUGACGAAACGUUUCUCCCACAAAACGCUACGUCCAGAUGAACAGAAUCAACUUUUGGAGAUUUACUUUCAUGGAUGAUUGAGAAUGCAUCAAGACAUGUACUGUAAUAGUUCAAUUAAAUGUAGCACUACAACUGAAAAGUAGACAAAGUUGAUACAUUUUGUCUUCAGGAUUCAGAUCAUGAGGCAGUGUGACCUGUAUGUUGGUAAUGGUGUUUCAUGAUUUCUGUCAUGCGUGACUGCUGUUGCUGCUUCAGAACAUAGCACUUUAUGUAUGUGAUGUAAAUUUGCACCUUGAAAGGUUAAGAUGAAUGUGUGUUAAAUUCUGAGUCUACUGAAAGCACUCAAACACUGAAAAUAAUUGAAUUGUUAGUUUUAUAAACAUAUGAUUAAUUUUUAACAAAUCAAACUGUAACUGUUUUAUAUGUCCCUGUAGCUCUAAUAAUAUUAAUGUGCCCAGAUAUGCACAAACAUUAA